GAGCACUUCCUCCUCCGAAGGGGCAGUGCUGAGUAGCUCUCGAGGUUACGGGACAAAGUUUUCAAGUGCCUUUGCAUCAGAACAUGAGUGCACCAGCCAUCACAGAUGCUAAAUACAUUUUGGGAGAGAAAAUGGAUGAAGGCAUCCCAGACCUUCCCAGUGGUCCAUUGGAUAUCUACAGGAAGAAAGCAUCCUUCAGCUGGAAGGAAAUGUUACAGUUUCUGGAGGGUGAUGAAAUCAUAUCGUUCAAGCAGCACGUGUUCAGAACACUGGAGAGUGACCCGCUCUUUGCCCGGCAACCUGGGGAGGACAUCCCAGUGGAGCAGAAGCGAGAGCUCACCUUCCGCCGCUGUAAACAGUUAUUUAAAUAUGACUUUGUAACACGAGAUGACGCCAUGCAGAACCCAUGGAAGCUGACAAUCCUCAAUGACUGCCUGGGAAUGUAUGACUGGUCCUUGGGAGCCAAGUACUUCCUUAACAAAGGGAUGUUUGGAGCCACAGUGUCAAACACAGGAUCUCAGAGACACUUGAUGUUUGUGAAAGACAUUGAGCAAAUGAUGACAUUUGGAUGCUUUGCGUUGACAGAGCUGAGCCAUGGCAGCAACACGAGAGCUCUGAGGACAACAGCCAGAUAUGACCCCAGCACUCAGGAGUUUGUUUUAAACUCUCCAGACUUUGAAGCAGCAAAGUUCUGGGUGGGGAACUUGGGAAAGACGGCCACUCAUUCAGUUGUAUUUGCACAGCUUUACACCCCUGACGGGCAAUGCCACGGCCUUCACUCUUUUGUAGUUCAAGUCAGGGAUCCAAAGACCUUGCUGGCAAUGCCAGGAGUGAUGGUUGGGGAUAUGGGAAAGAAACUGGGUCAGAACGGUCUGGAUAAUGGUUUUGCAAUGUUCCACAAUGUGAGAGUACCUCGGGAAAACUUGCUAAACAGAACAGGAGAUGUUACGCCUGACGGGCGCUACGUUUCACCUUUUAAAGACCUCAAUAAGCGAUUUGGGGCAUCUUUAGGGGCUCUGUCAGGCGGCAGGGUGGGCAUUACAAGGAUGGCACUGGUCAAUCUGAAGCUUGCAGUGACUGUGGCGGUGCGAUUCUCUGCCACACGCAGACAGUUUGGGCCCAGAGAGGAUGAGGAGAUUCCAGUGCUGGAAUAUCAGCUACAGCAGUGGCGUCUUAUUCCAUUCCUGGCAGCAGUGUACGCACUGGAGCACUUCACCAGAUCCUUCUGCAUGAACUUUGUGGAAUUUCAAUUUGGAUUGUUAAUGAAGGACAAAAGCGACAGACAGGCUGAACUGGGAAGAGAGAUCCAUGCCAUGUCGUGCGCUAGUAAACCUCUGGGAUCGUGGACAGCCCAGCGAGGCAUUCAGGAAUGUCGAGAGGCUUGUGGAGGACACGGUUACCUUGCCAUGAACCGGCUGGGAGACAUGCGCGAUGAUAACGAUCCCAACUGCACAUAUGAGGGAGAUAACAAUGUUCUCCUGCAGCAGACCAGCAACUACCUACUCAGCUGGCUUGAACACAAACAACAAGAUAAAGGAAGGAUUGAAUCCCCUCUUGAGACUGUGAACUUUUUGGAGGACAUGAACAGCAUUCUGCAGACCAAGUUCACAGUUGGCUCAGUGGAAGAGUGCAUGAACUCAGCCGUGCCUCUGGCAGCAUAUAAGUGGCUGGUGUGUUUCUUACUGGGUGAGAGCCGAAGGAAGCUGUUUCAUGAGAAAUCCUCUGGACUGGGAGACUUCGAGGCACGAAACAACAGCCAAGUGUAUUAUUGUCGCUCUUUGGCUAUUGCCUAUAUUGAGCACACAGUGCUGCAGCGAUUCCAUGAUCUGAUUCAGGAUGAACAGACUCCAGCUGCUCUCAGAUCAGUGCUGGGGCGACUCUGUGCCCUCUAUGGCCUGUGGAUACUCACCAACCACAUGGCCAUCCUGUAUCAAGGAGGUUAUUUUUCUGGUCGACAGCCGGUUGACCUCAUCCAUACGGCCAUUCUCACUCUGUGCGGGCAGCUGAAGGAUGAUGCUGUGGCGCUGGUUGAUGUAAUUGCUCCUCCUGACUUCAUCCUGAACUCGCCCAUUGGCAAAGCAGAUGGUGAGCUCUACAAAAACCUGUGGUCUACAGUCAUGCAGGGCAAGAACGUCCUAGAACGGCCUUCUUGGUGGGCCGAGUUUUGUUCUGACAAACCUGCUGUUGGAUCUCUCCGAGCCAAACUGUAAUUCUUCACGCUGGAAAACUCUUAGGAAACAGUAUUGUUGCGGACAUUAAUCUGUUUGUCCUGAAAGCCAUGCAGUUGCCAAGCAUUGAUAAAUGAAUAUUAUAAUACAGUCAUACGGUUGUCAUUGAUAAAUUGAUAUUAUAAUACAGUCAUAUGAUUGUUAUUACUAAAUUAACGAAAGAUAUUAACAGCUUAUGGAAUAUGACACAGAGGGUAGAAAAGUCCAAGAAGAAUCUCAAACAUGUUGAUCUCGGUGUAGAAUUAUAACCCAAUCUUGUUAAUAUCAGCAUGAAGCAAGAUUUCUAAUGUAGUGUAAACAAUAACAAAAGCUCUCAUUAUAGCACUUACUAAUUCAUUGUGCCAUGAUAAACUCUUGUUUAGUUUGACUGAUAAAUGUUGCUGUGUUGAAAGAUUUGAGUUCUAGAUGAUCAGAUGUUUGUUUGAAUGCACAAACUAACAAAACUUUGAACAAAAACAGAGUUCAUAUGCUAAAUAAUUGUACAAAUAAUGUGCAUGUUGAUAACUGCUUUCAUAUAAAUCUACUUUGGAGUGAACAUGUAUGAUUAAUUUUUUUGCAUAAUAGUUUGAUUAUGGAUGUUGAAUGAUUUUGAGCACAAAUAUGUGUAAGUUUGAUACAUAAUAUGUAAAAUGUAAGAAUGUAAUUACAAUAAACCUUGACUUUUUAUCAAAAUAAA